CACACAUUGAGUCACGGACCGAACAAGUACAAAAGUCAUAUAUCACCAAAUAUCUCAUCGUUUCUCUCUGACACACACACACACACAAACCUUUAGAUCAAAGUAAGAGAAAUGGUUUCAGUUCAAAACAGAAGAAUAGUUUUCUCUUUUCUACUCUUGAUCAUUGUGGUGUUCUCUUCGUAUAAAGCUGAUUCGGAAUGCGAUUUCAAAGCAAUUUACAAUUUCGGAGACUCAAACUCUGACACAGGAGGAUUUUGGGCUGCUUUUCCUGCUCAGUCCGGUCCAUGGGGAAUGACUUAUUUCAAGAAACCGGUCGGUCGUGCUUCAGAUGGCCGUCUCAUCAUUGAUUUUUUGGCGGAAUCUCUUGGAAUGCCUUUCUUAAGCCCAUAUUUGCAAUCUAUUGGAUCCGAUUUUCGUCAGGGCGCAAACUUUGCGACGUUAGCAUCCACGGUUCUUUUGCCAAACACGUCCUUAUUCGUCACCGGAGUCAGUCCUUUCUCACUGGCUAUUCAGUUGAACCAGAUGAAACAUUUCAAAGUUAAAGCCGACGAGUUAAACCGAGCAGGAGGGUUGCAUAUCUUACCGCCUAGCAAUGUUUUCGGAAAAUCGUUAUAUACCUUUUAUAUUGGCCAAAACGAUUUCACAUCCAAUUUGGCUAGCACUGGAGUCGAUCGUGUAAAACAGUAUCUUCCACAAGUCAUAGGCCAAAUUGCUGGAACGAUCAAGGAGAUACAUGGAAUAGGUGGUCGAACAUUUUUGGUAUUGAAUUUAGCACCGGUUGGAUGCUACCCGGCGAUUUUAACCGGUUACACCCAUAACGUUUCGGAUUUAGACCAAUUCGGAUGUCUCAUUUCCGUAAACAAAGCCGUCAAAUAUUACAACGCGUUACUGAAAAAGACAUUAUCCGAGACAAGAACAGAACUAAAAAACACUACCAUAAUAUACUUAGACACCCACAAGGUAUUGCUCGACCUCUUUCAACACCCCAAAUCCUACGGUAUGAAACAUGGUACUAAAGCUUGUUGUGGAUACGGUGGACGUCCUUAUAAUUUUGACCAGAAGUUAUUUUGUGGCAACACUAAAGUGAUCGGAAAUUCUACUGUGACGGCCAAAGCUUGCCGUGAUCCGCACAAUUACGUGAGUUGGGACGGAAUUCACGCUACGGAGGCUGCAAACCACCGCAUUUCCAUGGCUAUUCUCGACGGUUCUAUAUCAGAUCCUCCAUUCACACUCAAUAACCUAUGUCGGUCUUAAUUAUGGUAUAAUAAGAAGUAUAUUAGUUGUUGAUGGUUUAAAUGUGAAUUUUAAACCAUCCACCAACUAAGCAUAUUGUGACAUACAAAAUUAUAUAUAUAAAAUUAAUGUAAUGUAUGUUUAUGUUUACAAUGGCUUUACA